GAAUAUUCGCCAUUUUGUUUCGAAAAUAUGACCGAGUUUUUCCUGCUUUAGCUUGUAACAGGCUAGCUUUUGAAUUUAUGUACUGUAGAGGGCAUACAUAGAUAUUACGCGUAAUAAUAUUGAAUAUACAAGGUACACAUGUGAGACCUGUCCGUUGCCACGUCGCAAGAGAUUAAUAUCCGUGUCACCAGGUUGACAGAUACUUUGCUCAUACUGCUCGUCAGCCUGAACCAUCAAAACAAAUCACAUUUGGCUAGCUCGCUAACUAACGUUAGCCAUACAGACGAGUGGAUUGCAAACUGAACAACACGGUUAUGGUGAGCCUUUCAGUGUGUUGUGUACUAAGGAUGCCUGUGUUCUAAGAGGAGACCCAUGCUGAUAAAUGCCAGGUCUCGCCACGCUCUCUGCCGUCUGCACAAACACAAAUGCCUGCCUGAGGGAGAUCUGAUUAAAGAUACCCACAUUUCUUCUACUGGGCUGUGUCCCCUGUCCAAGCAGCCACCAUGUUCUGGAAGUUUGACCUGCACACCACGUCCCACAUCGACCAGCUGCUGGACCGGGAGGACGUGACGUUGCGGGAGCUCAUGGAGGAGGAUGAUGUCCUGCAGGAGUGCAAGGCCCAGAACCGCCGGCUGCUGCUCUUCCUCUCCCAGGAUCACUGCAUGACAGAGCUGGUCAACCUCAUCACCACAGAGCCCCCUGCUGACCUAGAGGAGAAGAGCCGCUUUAAGUUCCCUAACAUCGCCUGUGAGCUCUUGACAUCAGAUGUGUCCCUCAUCAACGACAAGUUGGGCGGGGACGAGUCACUCCUGGAGACUCUCUACCACUUCCUGGAGCAGGAACCGCCCCUCAACCCGCUACUAGCCAGCUUCUUCAGCAAGACCAUCGGCAACCUCAUCGCUAGGAAAACAGAACAGGUAAUUUCCUUCCUGAGGAAAAAGGAUGGCUUCAUCGGCCUGGUGCUGAAACACAUCGACGCCUCCGCCAUGAUGGACCUGCUGCUUCGCCUCAUCAGCUGUGUGGAGCCUGCCCCCUUGAGACAGGAGGUCCUCAAUUGGCUGAGCGAAGAGAAGCUUAUUCAGAGACUCACAGAGCUCAUCCACACAGGCAAAGAUGAGGAAAGACAAUCAAAUGCGUCCCAGACGCUUUGUGACAUCAUCCGCCUUAGUCGAGACCAGGCCAAUCAGAUGCAGGAGAACGUCGAGGCAGACCCCUUAUUGGCUGUUCUAGAGUCACAGGAGAGCGUAGCUGGGCUCCUUAAGACCAUGUUUGAGGGGGAGAGGAGUGAGGCCUCCAUUGUUAACGGAACUCAAGUGCUACUUACCUUACUGGAGACCAGGAGGUCCGGGUUGGAGGGGCUGAUGGAUCUCUAUUCUCAGGGAUAUGAAAGGUCUUACACUGUCAACAGCAGUAUUCUACAUGCCAUUGAGCCCCAUCUAAAGGACUUCCAGCAGCUUCUCCUGAACCCCCCCAAGAAAAGUGCAAUACUGACGACCGUUGGCCUUCUGGAGGAGCCGCUGGGGAACGCCCGCCUUCACGUGGCCCGGCUAGUGGCCGCCCUGCUGCAGACCAGCGCCCCCAGUGUCUGUCAGGAGCUCUGCAAGCUCACCACAAUGGACCAGCUACUGGACCUGUUCUUCAAGUACUCAUGGAAUAACUUCUUGCACUUCCAAGUGGAGCUGUGUGUGGCGUCCAUCCUGAACCACUCUGUCCCAGAGGAGCGGCCCAUCCCUGGCCUCCAGAACCACGAGGAAGAGAAGCCCCCAGCAGGUCCAGAGAACCAGGGGGAGGCAGUAGGUGAGGCUGGGGCGCCAGCCAAGGCCAGCGACCCGGUGGAGGAGACCACCCUUCACAACACCCUGGUGGCACAUCUCUUCCAGAAGUGUCGGUUGGUACAGAGGAUCCUGGAUGCCUGGGAGGAGAACGAUCAAAUACAGGCGGAGGGCGGUGCUAGGAGAGGUAACAUGGGUCACCUGACCAGGAUUGCCAACAUGGUGGUACAGAACCUAGAGAAAGGACCAGUCCAGUCCCAGAUCAGUGACCUCAUCAAAGAGUUGCCAGAGGACUGCAAAGGACGCUGGGAGAGCUUUGUGGAUGAGACCCUGAGAGAGACCAACAGGAGAAACACAGUGGAACUGGUGAGCACCCAUAACCUGCACUCCUCCAGUGAAGAUGAUGAUAUGGAGGGUCCCUUCCCCAACGAUCUGUCACUCCAACAGGCUUUCUCAGACUAUCAGAUCCAGCAGAUGACUGCCAACUUUGUGGAUCAGUUUGGGUUCAACGAUGAGGAGUUCAGUGAGCAUGAUGAAAACAUCAAUGCCACAUUUGACCGGAUUGCAGAAAUAAACUUCAAUCUAGAUGCUGAUGAUAAUAGUGCCAACGCUACUGCCUUUGAGGCCUGCUGUAAAGAGAGGAUACGUCAGUUUGACGAUGCUGAAGAGGAGGAGGACAUUUGGGAGGAGAAGGAGAUUAACUAUGCAACACAAGUCAAAUCCAGAACACGGUUUGGGGUGUCCCACACCUCAGAGAGCAGCUCCAGAAGCAGUCUGGAGAACGGGGGUCGGGAGCGGGACCGCGGGUCGGGCUCAGACGAGGACGAGGACUCCAGACAGAGUGCCUCAGAUCCAGGCAGCCUGAAGGAGAGCAAGGACAACACUCCCAGUACGCCUGGCAGUCAAUCAGCUAUUUGUCCAAGCUGGACAGCGAGUUUCGGGGAAGCUGGGGGUAACUCGUCCUCUCCGGGUCCUGCAGGCUGGGAUUCCCCAGGGGGGAGUGGAGGAGACAAACAAGAGGCAGGUUGGGCCAACUUCACAGAGUUCCAACCUUUCAGCAGCCCAGAGGUUGGCCCCAGAUGUAGCUCUCCCGUAGGCAGCAGUGACGCAGACAAACAAGUCAAACCGGGUCCGGACAAGAGUGGUGAGUGUGGGAUGAAGGGAGGUUUCAGCCACCUGACAUUUGGCUUACCCUUGUGGAGACGGUCAUUAUUGCAUUUGAGAACAAUAAAACGUUUUACAAGGCUUUCAUUACUUAACACACAAGCCAAAGUGAUUGUGUGUCCAGGUGCGAGCCCCUCUCCCGGUGGUGAGUGGCCGGUGGGUGAAGGUAGGAAGGCUCCCCUCGUAGCCUCAGAUAGCAGCUCCUCCGGGGGCUCCGACAGCGAGGAGGACGACAAGACUGCCGCCGCCGCCGCAACGGAAACCACCAGCUCGGGCGCCAACAAGAAAGCAGAAGUCAAAAGUGAGAACCCCAUUCCUCUGGAAAAACUGUCCCUCACAGAUGCCCCCAAGUCCCCCCCAAAGGCACAGCUUGCAGCAGACACACCGCCAGCCUCGACCCCCACCCAUCAGACAGACAACAAAGAGGAUCCACCCCAGUGCCCAGAGAUGCCAGCAGUCAACGGGCCUGUCUGAGGGGGAGACAGUCCUAAACCCCAGACUGGUGUGACAGACUGUGCCAUUUCCAGGGAGACCACCCUCUCCCAAAUAACCUCACUGCAACCUACAGUGUUUUAAUGAAUCACGCUGCCAUGUUAUUGGACCUGGACACUGCCAAUCAGCACCAAUAAUGAGGCGGGACGUGUAAAAGCAACCAAUAGGCAGAACAGUGUAGAGGAAAUUGUCUUCAAAGCCUUUUCUGAUGUUGCUCAUAAGUACGUGUGGUUUUAAUGUAGCAGUGAUCUUUUAAACAACCGAAAUCCGAAAGGAGUAUAAAGUUUUUCUGAAGGAUUUGUUCUCACUCUUUUCACAAACGGUUGGACCUGAGAGGUAAGGAGCGGAUAGCACAGGUUAACUUAACAAAAUGAUGCCUCAACAAUAAAUACCUUUCUGAAAUAUUUUUCUCCUUGAGCUUAAAAGGCACUUAUGCAGCCAUUUUUACUGUACAUUAUAGGACAAUGUUAUGUUCUACCCUCAGCUCUGUUGGCUAUCUUGUCUGUCUCUCAGAUCAAGGUUGUUUACCAAACCUGCUCUUUUUUUUUGUCAUGGAAAAACAUCUUUAUUCUUGUACCUCACUAGUUCUCUGAAUGUUUUAAAGUGUCCAAGGAAAAGGAACACAGUUCUAUAAUCUUCUGCUCAUGUGCAAUAAUGACAAUUAGCCAUUUUAUAUAAAUCAACUUUUAGUGUUGUCGAAAGGAAGACUCAUUCGGUAUAGUUAUGGGCCAACUAAUUUGGAUAUAAACUAAACUCGAGGUUUUGA